UCUUUCUGGGGGAGGGAGGCCCCCCGCUGCGCCCUGUGCAAAGCCCCCCUACCCUACUCCACCCCUGCCCAGCGCCAUGCCCAGCCUGGAGGGGGUGGCCAACGUGGCCCUGCGGGUGCCCAGCCUGGUCCUCCUCGACUUGCUCUACCGCUGGGACGUGCAGACCUUCGCCGACCUCCUCCAGCCCCGCGCCCGCGAGGCCGCCCUGCCCCGACGCCACCUCUGGCACCUCUACUAUGCAGGUCACCUGGUGUGCGUGGUGGUCCUCCUCCUCCCGGUCCGGUCCCUCGUGAAGCUGUACCUCUACAUCCUGACGAUGCUGCUGCUGUAUGUGGGCCAUCAGACAGCCAGGGACUACAUCCGGCAAGAGAUGGACCGUGAAUUCCAGGGGGCCGUGUACAACGACUCCGUGGCGCUCAGUCGCUUUGCCACCGUGCUCACAGUUGGGGGCACCGUGGUCCUGCUGGAGAGACACGCGGUGGUCCCCGGCUGUGUGCGCGAGAAGCCCGGUUGGUGGCUCUCUUUGCCUUUGGGUCUCUCUUGUCUCCAGGCGCUGGAGGUCUACCAGCUGGUUGCGCUGGGCAUGUCCCUCUGGAGACAGCUUGCCGUCCCGCUGCUGUUCCUGGUCUUCUGGCUCGCGUUGUUCACCUUGAAGAUCUACGCUUUCUGGGUCUCCUCCGGCCCCCUUCCGUCCCAGCAGGGGCUCCUGUUCGUCUUCCUCAGCAGCGUGGCCGAGUGCUGCAGCACCCCUUACUCCCUGAUCGGGCUCACCUUCACCGUCUCCUACCUGGCCCUGGCCCUGCUGAAACUUUGCAAGUUCUACCUGGCGGGCUACGGCGCUUUCCAGAAUGGCAACGUGAUGCACAGGGGGGUGACGGAGGGCGUGACCAUGCUGCUGCUGGCCCUCCAGACGGACUUGCUGGACCUGCAGCUCCUCCAGCGGACCUUCCUCCUCAGCAUCAUCCUCUUCAUCGUGGUGACGUCGACCCUGCAGUCCAUGAUCGAGAUCGCCGACCCCAUCGUGCUGGGACUGGGGGCGUCGCAGAACAGGAGCAUCUGGAAGCACUUCCGGGGGGUCAGCAUGUGCCUCUUCCUCCUGACCUUCCCGGGCUUCAUGGCCUACAAGAUCGCCCACUUCUUCCACAUGGACUUCUGGCUCCUGAUCCUCGUCUCGAGCUGCAUGCUGACCUCGCUGCAGGUGAUGGGGACCCUCUUCAUCUACGCCCUCUUCAUGAUCGAGACCUUCCAGGAGGCCCCCGUGGAGAAGAUGGACGAGAUCGUCUACUACGUCAACGCCGUCAGCCGCGUGCUGGAGUUCCUGGUGGCCGUCUGCGUGGUGGCCUACGGGACCUGGGAGUCCGUCUUCGGGGAGUGGAGCUGGAUGGGGGCCUCGGUCAUCAUCAUCCACUCCUAUUUCAACGUCUGGCUGAGGGCCCAGUCCGGCUGGAGGAGCUUCCUGCUGCGGAGGGAGGCGGCCGAGAAGGUCGACUCGCUGCCGAGGGCCACCCGGGGACAGCUGCAGGACCACAACGACGUCUGUGCCAUUUGCUUCCAGGAGAUGACGCUGGCCGUGAUCACCCACUGUGGCCACAUCUUCCACGGGGGCUGCCUCCGCAAAUGGUUCUAUGUCCGGGACACCUGCCCCCUGUGCCACCAGCCGGUCAAGGCCUUGGCAGGCGAGGCGAGUCAGGCGAACCGCGGCGGCACGGAAGAGGUGGAGCCUCCGCCAGAGAGGGAGGAGUCGCCCGGCCCCGGGGAUGGCGAGUCCGCUGCCUCCAGCACCGCGGAGAGCACAAGUUUGGGCGGAACCAUAGAGACUGGCAAGCCCAGUAGGACAGAACGGCAGAGCCUGGGGUUAGCAGCCUGGGAUGCAGAAGUGCCGCAGGUGGAUGAAUCUGGAGAGUCGGCCGAGGAGGUUCCUAACUGCAGGACCCUCCAGAGAGAACCGGAAGCGUCCAGCGGCGUGGCGAAUGAUGGUCUUCGUGUGCCUCUUAAGCCGGAGAACACGCCUGCUCAGGGAAGCCCUGGGAAGUCGCAUUCAGGUGACUCGGGGACCAGAUCGGGAGGGGAGCUGACGGUCUUCGGGCCGAGCGUCCCCGAGAGCCGAGCUCCCCAAAGCGAGCACGGGGUACUCGAGACACCAGGCCGUGCUGGGCCUUCUCUGCCUGUUGCUCCUGGUUACCGAGCUGAAGAAAGUCCAGCAGUUCCUGUGCCGAAUCAAGGAGCUGUCGAAUCUUCUGCAGUGGCAGAGGGCGAAAGGGAGGUCUUUGGAGGGACCCGACAAGAAGCCCCUGUCGGCCUUCGGCGGCUGGGCCACACGGAGGACGAUGCAAGGCCUUGCCCCUCCUGAUCCUCUUCUUAGCAUUAUCCUCCCCCCCCACACACACACACACACAAAAUCUGUGUGGCUUCUGGGUCCUUCAAAUCGGUCGUUUCUUCUUGCCGCUUCUAGGAGGGCAGCCCCAGUAGUCAAAAAGGGCUUGCCCAGAGCUAGGAGUGCCUUGCUCUUAGCGGGAGGGCCGGAACUGGCCACUUCGGAGUCUGGAUGGCCCCUUGCGUCCCCCCCACCACCACCACCGCAAGCCCUUGCCUUCACGGCUGCUAGGAAACCAGUUUCGUCGUCGUCAGAAGUUCGAGGGCUUAAAGAGGACUGCAACUGCGGGACUGGGGUUUUUGCGCUGGCCGCAACAUGCGCGCGUUCUCAAAACCUGACACAGCACUGCCGUGUUCUGGAGGCCUGUGCUGGUCUCCAAGAUGGAGGCAUCCCUGUUCCAAAGAGGCGGCAAGGUGGGGCGACUCCCUUAGGUUUUUGGCCCGGGGGUGGUGGUGCAACCCCUCGGUAUCCGCCAAGCGCCGCAGCGGCCGCUCGUGGCUGGUUCCUCCAGUCCAAGCGAGGGGAUCAGCGGGGCAGAGAAAUCCACGAGGGACCCCAAGCAUCUGGUGGGUUGGGAAACGGUCUGAUCAGUGGGCCGUUGUGUGACGAGGGGAUCUGAGCACCAGGAGGUGGGGGACGGCGCCCACGAACAGAGCCUCGGCUCCUGAGCUCAAUAAAUAAACCAGUGAGGGCCGCCGUCAGCUUGCCGUGUGCCGUUUUUACAGAACUAGCCCCGCAAGAGUGCCAGAGAGACUGAACUGCCGUCCGGGCAUAAAACGAGAGCUCUGCUGGUGAACGGGCUGCCAGCCUGGGUCUCUCCC